UCGUCUAAUCUGCUUUGUAGAUGCAAAAUGUCUGUGAAUGCGGUAUAAUCUGAGCACAUACGUGGACGUGAAACUAAGCUUUUUCUCGUCGUGAACAUUAAUUGUGUUGCCAAGAGGAGAGAUGGAGGCGUCCCGGAGGAGCGAGAGUGACUGGCAGGGGUUAGUGAGCGAGUUCCUGGUUUGUAAGAGGAAGUUGGAGAGCAAGAAAGAAGCCCUUCUGAUUCUGUCUAAAGAGCUGGACACCUGCCAACAGGAGCGCGAUCAGUUCAAGCUGAUGGCCAACCAGCUCCGUGAACGACACCAAGGACUCAAGAAGAAGUACAGAGAACUCAUUGAUGGAGAUCCUUCCCUGCCUCCUGAGAAAAGGAAUCAAGUGAGUUUGGCUCAACUUCUCAGGGACUCCAGAGAAAAAAACAGUCACCUUUCCGAAGAGGUGAAGGAGCUGAAGCAGCGCCUCUUAGAGGCUCAGGGCGACAACAAGCUCCUUCGAAUGACCAUCACCAAGCAGAGGCUGGGAGACGAGGAGGUCGGAGCGCGACACUUUCCUGCACACGAGAGAGAAGAUCUGGUGAGACAGCUGGAAAGAUCGAGGGAGCAGAACGAAGUGCUGGAGCACACCGUCAAGUCGCUCACAGAUGAGCUUCAGGACGUCCGAGCUGAGCGGGACGUCUUUCAACAGAAGGCUUACCGUCUCAACCUGGAAAUGAACCACAUCGUCGGGAAUGACGAGAUCCGGAUUUUAGACAUUGAUGCACUGUGUAUGGAGAACAGGUACUUGCACGAGCGUCUGGGCCAGCUCCAAGAAGAAGUGAACUUACUCAAAACAAAUCUGUUGAAAUACAAGAAUGCUCUUGAAUGUAGGAAGAACUCUAAAAUUGGUGGGAAACCCAACAGCAGUGCUUUGACUGGAGUUCUCUCUGCAAAACAAGUGAAGGAGCUGUUACUGUCUGAGGAGAACGGCUGCAGUUUGCCGGUGACCCCUCAGUCCAUCUCCGACCUCAAGUCUUUAGCCACGGCCCUGCUGGAGACCAUCCAUGAGAAGAACAUGGUGAUUCAGCACCAGCGUCAAAUCAACAAGAUUCUCGGGAGUCGAGUGGCAGAGCUGGAGAAGAAAAUCAAAACCCUUGAGUUGUCUGGACUAUGGAGCCUUCCAGGGCUGACUUAUAAUGUGUCUCUGGGAACAUAUGGAAGAGGAAAAGAUGCCAUCAUCUUGAACACUCAGCAGGUUGAAUCCUCAGAUGGUGCUGGACAAGAGUGUGUUACGGAAAGUGGAAAUGUGCAAACCGAGCUGCGGAGCUCCUCAGAAGUGGACAAAGACAGUGAAACGCCAGCUGUGUCAGAUUUUCAGGAACUGUGUGACCAGAGCUUCUCCCAGCAGUGGACUGAGGACGAGCCGGCCAGCUCCCACACAGAAGAGCCUGACAGGGACAAAUGUCAAGACGACGGCCAUUCGCAGGACGCCACAGAUUGUAGUACUUUCACAAAAGUAGACGAGUGUCUGAGUGACUCACCUCCCGCAGUGACGCCUCUGGAAAAAACCCACCCAUCAGACUGCUGCCGCUCCCAGAGACCCUCAGAGAACUCAGACCUCACAGCAGCAGACGAGGAGGAGUCAGAUGGAUGCGCUGAAGAGGAGGAAGCUGAGGAAACAGAGGGUGUUUUAACGGAGGGAGUUGUUCUAACCCCGACUGUAUCGCCUGGUGAUUCUGAAGAGCAGCAGGAGUUCCUCCAGUCAAACCAGCAGGAAAAUGUUAACCAUCCGGAGACAUGAAGACUCCAUUUUCAGGAAAUUGAAUGUAAAAAUGGAUAUAUGAUCUAGUCAUAUUUAUUUUUUAGAAAUAUUAUAAUAUUCAGGAUUAAUCUAAAAAUGUGUGUCCAGCACAGGAAGAAAAUGAUGACUCAUUCUAAAGGAUGGAAAAAUUUAAAGCAAAUUAUUCAAGUAUUUGUGUUUUAAUAUCUCUCUGUGGUGUCCUGUGUUUUCCCAUCUUCACCAUAAAAGUAAGAUAAUGGAAGCUUAUUUAUAUAUUACCAGAAAUAAAUGAAAUCAAAUCUGUUUAUGAAGUGUUCAGGACAUUUGUUCCUCAGCUGAGGAGAUUUAAAGUAAAUCUGAAAAGUGUUUAGGCCCAAGACUAUUAAAAGCUUUAUAAGCGAGAAGUAGGAUUUUCAAGCGAAUUCUUUGACACACAGACGGUGCAGAGAUUUAAGCUCAGUUGUGAUUUGCUCCACCCUCUCUGUGUUGGUGAGAACUCUGGAUGAGCUGCAGAUUUUUUACUGAGACCUGUAAACAAUCCUAAAUAAUCCAGCCUACUCAAAAUAAAUGCAUGA